AUCUGCUUCCUCCUGGGGACAGUGCAUCCCCACCCUGUAGUUGGUGGCCCAGUCUGCCAGAGACCCAGGGCUCCGCAGAGCACGCAGAGCACGACUUCCAAAGGCAAAGACCAUUGCCCGGGCUCCAUGGCCAGUCCUGGACUUCCACUCCGCGGGCUCAGUGGGCGUGGCGUGCAGACCCACACUGGCCUUGGGACAAGAUCUACGACAGUCACAUCCUAACUUUCAGACUUCUGUGGCAAGCUACUUGUCAACAAGGGUUUGCUCAGUGCGAGAGGAAGAUCGAAGAGCCUCGUGGUCAAGCAGUACCACUUCCCAGCUAACUGAAUUCUCCUGUGCUCCCACCCACUGGAGGCUAAGGCGUCUCAAUCACCGAAUGGUAAGGUGCCACAGAGCCCAGUGUCAAAUGAGUUAUUUUUAAUAUUGAAAAGAAAAAUACUCAAAUAAAGCUCCCUCGUCUGCCCCACCACUCUGUCAUGGGUGUUGGGAAGUCUAAACUAGAUAAGUGCCCCCUUUCUUGGCAUAAAAAAGACAGUGUGGAUGCCGAUCAAGACGGCCAUGAGUCAGACUCCAAGAAUUCUGAGGAAGCCUGCUUGCGUGGUUUUGUGGAGCAGAGCAGUGGAUCAGAGCCACCAACAGGAGAGCAGGACCAACCUGAGGCAAAGGGGGCGGGGCCUGAGGAGCAAGAUGAAGAAGAGUUCCUCAAAUUUGUGAUACUUCAUGCAGAAGAUGACACCGACGAGGCCCUCAGAGUCCAGGAUCUACUGCAAAACGACUUUGGUAUCAGGCCGGGGAUCGUUUUCGCCGAGAUGCCGUGCGGAAGACUGCAUUUGCAGAAUCUAGACGAUGCGGUCAAUGGGUCGGCCUGGACCAUCUUGUUACUGACUGAGAACUUCCUAAGAGACACCUGGUGUAACUUCCAGUUCUACACUUCCCUGAUGAAUUCUGUGAGCAGGCAGCACAAGUACAACUCCGUCAUACCCAUGCGGCCCCUGAACAGCCCUCUUCCCCGGGAACGGACUCCCUUGGCGCUGCAAACCAUCAAUGCCUUAGAGGAAGAAAGUCAAGGCUUUUCCACACAAGUGGAGAGAAUUUUCCGGGAGUCUGUAUUUGAGAGGCAACAAAGUAUAUGGAAAGAGACACGAAGUGUGUCGCAGAAACAGUUCAUUGCCUGAAACCGAGCACACACCGGGCCGGCUCCUGUUUUGUAAACAAAAUGAUCCAUCUUCACUUGAGAGAGUAGUUUCUAAGAAAUGCUUAGACGUGAGUCUGCUUCCAAGAAAUCUGUGGCACACAAGAAAGGUACACUUCUGCAGCCCUAGGAUUGGGCUACUUUCGAAUGACAAACUCAAGACUGUCAGAGCUUCUGACACUUUUCUUAAAGUUUUCAUAGUUCAUGAAUAUUCUUAACUCAUUUCUUGUGUUGAGCCAUAAACAGGCACAUGUGGCAAAAUACGAUAUUGAAAAUUCUCAAAAGACUUGAGGGAAAUGGCUCUGGCCAGGACAGGUCUGACCACUUCCCUUCCUGCUUCUUUCAUGAAUUUUAGUUACCACAAAGCAUCCUGGUGCUGUCACACAGAAACAUGCAGAAUGGGGCACGUGCAGUACUGACAUAGUAAGUUGGAGAUCAGAAGUAGAGGUCAGGGUCAGGGUCACCGUUAGUCCCAGCACUAGGGAGGCAGAGGCAGGAAGAUCUCUCUGAGUUCAUAGGCCAGCCUGGCUUACAGAGUGAGUUCCAGCAUAUCCAGGGCUACACAAAGAAACUGUCUCGGGGGGAAAAAAUGUCAGAACAGUCAGGCUUUUGGAAAUAAUCCAGCCAUGUGUGGUUUUAUUUCUGCUGGAAUUUGGAACUAGUUCCUACCACAAAUUAGCAAUCCUUUCGAGAGUGUGAUAGUGAGGGACUCUGUAGAGAUGGGCCCUCAUCUUGUAGGUGUCUUCUGUGACCAGGGCUUUAAUUCACAGAGCUUGUGAAAAAUAUGUGACUCGCCAGCUGUUUGCCUUUAAAAUCAAUAACCUCUCGUGUUAGCUUUUAGAAAUGUCCCUUACACACAGUGUUUAACUCGGGGAAUAUUUCUUAUCUAGGGCUAUGGGGGUGGAGGGGGGAGCGCGCAAGCAAAACCAGGGACCUACACAGACCUGUACCUUUCCGCUCAUAGAACUUCGACCCAUUUGAGACUGAAGCGGUUUAAACAAGCACAGACAGGGCUUGUGGCUAGGGGAAAGUGCCUGCUGGGAAUCAGAAGACCGACUUGCAGUCCAAGCUCUGCCCCUGCGGAUGAAUGUGCCAGUGGGCAGCUAUUCUCCUUUGUCUGCGAAAUAAAAGGGUUGGAUUGAUGGGUCUCUAAAGGCUUUUGUCCUCUCUCUCCCAGGAUGGGAAAAACCGAAGCCAGAAAGCAAUAAGCAAAGCCUGAAACUUUUAUGAGGUGAAACAUAAUUGUAAUCAUUGCAGAAGGCAUGACGCAUGCUUACAACAAACAGAUAGAUAUUUCUGUAUAUUUGCAUCAUCAUCGAUAUUUACUGCAGUCACAGGAAAGAAUUACUAUGUAUGCCUAUACUUGGUUCUUUGGGUUUGGCUUUGUACAGGGUCUCAUUAUCUAGCCCUGGCUGGCCUGAAAUUUGCUAUGUAGACGAGAUUGGCUUCAAACUCAUGGAGAUCCACCUGCCUCUGACCCUGACAGUGCUAAGAUUAAAGAUGGGCACUGCCACACCCUGCUACUCGGGUUUUUAAAAGAUACAUAUUUUUAUAGGAAUUCAUGAAUACCUUCUCCCUAGUUUGCCUGUCUCCUAAUCCUCCCUUCUCUAAAUCCCCAGGGGCCACUGUUUACUUCUUUAUAGUUGCAAGCUACUGUGCCCCACAGUCAGACCUGGUGUUGGGUUCUCAGAGAAGGUGACUGCUUUCAUAGCAUUUUCUCAAUCCUCUUUGUCAUGGUAACUUACUACUUAGCCUUGAGUUUAUUGUUAUUAUUAUUAAUUAUUAUUACUACCAUAAUCCUCUCUAUGUCUCAAGUGUCAGGUACUCAUAAAACAUGAACCACCCACCCUUCACACGCCUGCCAAGCUAGAACUGAUGCUCAAUGGCACUUCUUCAAUAAACCUUUUUAUUCUUUAUGGUUGACUAUUGGUCUCAUCUCCAGUGAAGACUGUGGAAAAGUAUUCUGAGAAAUACCAUCCUGGGCUUGUCAGAGAACAUGGUGUAAUGUCCCAGGCAACCUGGAGUUCAGCAAUUUUUUUUUAUGAUGAAGAAAUAAAUUUUAAGUGCAGAGU